UACAAGUAUGAUCGCGCGCACGUGCGGGCGCGUACUGAAGCGACCUGAAACAUACCGCUCGCUCGCCGGGUCGCUCGCACGCUGGAUUAUAUUGUUUGUUGUGAUAUAUACGGUGCAUGCGACAGCCAUCGUAUUCGUAAUACUAGUAACCUUUGGAAUUUGUCAAGUACAUGCAGUACGAUGCUUUUCCCCGGUUGUCUUUUGUUGUGAUUACACUCAAAACAUGUAUUCCGUACUCGUCCGUAUCCUCUCAAUUCGAGAUGGCAAGUCGAUCUAAAAACCCUUUACCUGUUAAAUACAAAUCUAAACGGAUUUGUGAGGAGAAAUUCGACUGCGACGGCUCGAAUGCGAGUUAUGAGUGCCUGAAUUGUGGGACAAGGCAGUGUGAACAUUGCGAACAACUUCUCCACAAACCAGAAAGACUAAAAUUUGCAAGUCAUUUCAGACGAAAAAUUGAGCAACUCCCUUGCGCUGUCGAAUGUGCUCUUUGCCCGUAUAAACCUGCAGAAUUUUCCUGCUUGGAGUGUAGAACUGUAAUCUGUAGAGAUUGCAAUAAGGAGUAUCAUCGGGGGAAGUUAACUGGACAUCGCCGCACUCCUCUACCAAAACAAAAACAGGACAAAGAGGUUUGCAAUACAACAACGCAACAUAGCCCAACCAGCGAAAUGAAUCCCUCGAAAUCUUCGCCAGAGAACUGUCUACCUAUUUCUCCAUUUCUCGAUUCUUUGAGUGAGCCAACGCCAUGUGAAAUUAAGGAAAGACAAACUACAAUCCUAACGGGGGAUAUUUCAUCCUCUUCUGCGGGGCUUAACCUAAUCGACGAGCUAACCCUCGAUUCCGACUUUCAUAGUUUGACAAUGACGGACAUGAAUACGAAAACUUCGCUAUCUUCUCCAGAUGAUAACGACAUAGAAAGGGAUGAAUUCCUUUCUUUGGAAAGUGUGAGCAGUAGCCCAAGUGGACCAAAAUCUUUGGAAUUUCUCUCGGGUCACUUUGAGGGCUUAGAGAGACCCUCUGUUGCGCAAUCGAGUGCGAUAGCCAUACCCAAGUCACCUGAGAGCAAUGUUAAUAGAAGCGCAGGUACAGGUGGCAUGACGGUGACGCAUAGAACAACACGGACUCACAACAAACCCGGAAGUGGGAGGACUGUCAACAAACCUGGAGCGGUGCUGGGUGAUCUACCAAAUCAUGGGCAGAAAAUAAUGACAUCAGGGAAUUCCCCAGUAACUCAUGGGAUUCAGUCCAAAACAGAGGACAAUUAUCAAGAUAAUAAACUCUUGGAUCAAACUGCAUCUCCCAGACACUCUGAGUUCUUCAGGUCGAAUUCUGGAUCAGGAGAGUGGACCCCUCCUCAACCGUUGUCACAUAGCUUGGAGAGCUCUGGAGGGAGGAGGAGAAUGGAAGCUAUUGUUAAACCUGUAGGGAGUGUGAAAGCUGUACCAUCAUCAUCUCCAAGAGAGAAACGGGUAGAGAGCCAAAAGAAGAAGACUGCAUCACCAGCACCAAUGAAGGGGCCUGCAGACUUUGAAGCUGUGGAAGAUGAAAUUGAUCUUGUUGAUCCUGAUCAUGCAAAGGGCUUUCUGCUUGUUGAUGAUUCUGAGACACUUCAGGUGAACUCUGCCGAGGCAUUGGUGGCGAAGUUAAAAUGCGCGUUGAAGACUCCUGUCAAAGUAGUCUCCAUCUUCGGAAACACAGGGGAUGGCAAAUCACACACCCUCAACCACACCUUCUUUGGAGGACAGGAGGUAUUCCACACCUCACCUACCCAGGAAUCCUGCACCAUCGGUGUGUGGACAGCCUACGACGAAAGAACCAACAUCAUCGUUGUGGACACGGAGGGCCUGCUCGGAGUCUCUACUAAUGAGAACAAGCGCACGAGGCUCCUGCUGAAGGUGAUAGCCAUCUCGGACGUAGUCAUCUAUCGCUCAAGAGCCGAUCGGUUGCAUCGGGAUCUGUUCCAGUUCCUUGGGGAUGCGUCAAAGGCUUACCUGAAGCACUUUACCCCGGAGCUAAAAGUAACAUUGGAAAAGUGUAACAUCAAAGGACCAGUGUCUACGCUUGGGCCAGCAGUUAUUGUGUUCCAUGAGACCACCCAUACCCUUCCUCUAGGCGCAGUUCAGCCACAGAGGAGCAGUGGAGGGCACAAGUCAGCAGAUACCCUCCUUCAAGAGCGCUUCAAGGAACAUGGAUGCCACAUGGAUGCCUUCAGCUGUCUGCAGUACAUCGGUAUCCAGACCAUCGAGCCUCCGACCAACUUCAAGACACUGAAAGAGGCCAUCCUGACUCAUGUCUACAACAGCACUGUUCGAUCUCCGAGGUCUCCCCAAGUUGUGUAUCUUGCAUUGAAGGGACUGAAUGACAAGUUCAGUGGUACAAUCGACAGAGAUGUUCCAUCUCCCUUCCCUGAUGAGUAUUUCACCUGUUCCACCCGCUGUCUCUCAUGCAAUUCUCGCUGUACCAACACCAUGAACCACAGCCAGGAUAACAUCAUACAUGAGAACACAUCGCGUUGUAAAUACCAGCAUCAAUUUGACAACAGGGUCUACAUCUGUAAAAGUUGCUAUCAGGGUGGCCAAGAGGUAAUGGUAGUGCCAAAAAUGUGUUCAGCUACAGACAACUCAUGGAUGGGCAUGAUCAAAUAUGCUGUCUCUGGGUUUGUGUUGGAGUGUCCACACUGUGGUGUCAUCUAUCGGAGUCGUCAGUAUUGGUAUGGCAACCAGGAACCAGAGAUGGAUGCAGUGAGAACAGAGAUACGCCAUGUUUGGCCAGGGGGUAGCACGGUAUUGCAAGGAACACACAACGCAGGGCGACGUCUGCUGGAUGGAAUACACCAGGUGGUCGAUGUGGUCAGCAGUGUGAGUUCCAAACCUACAACUAUAAUGUCACAAUGGAUGAUGGACCAGAUCGCACCACCCUACUGGAGACCAAAUGCAGAGAUCACUGCCUGCCUUCAAUGCUCCAAGAAGUUUGACGAGACUGAUAAGCUGCAUCACUGCCGGGAUUGUGGGGAGGGGUUCUGUGACGAGUGCUCACAGCACAAGCUACCGGUACCAGAGAGAGGAUGGGGACCCAAGCCUGUCAGAGUGUGCGAUGGAUGCUAUGGAAAAAAGACAUCAGAUGUUGGUGGUGGGAAGAUGCUGACAGAAGAUAUCCAAGCUGAGUUAGAGAAUGCCAUGAAUGAUGAGCCUCAGCCAGUCAUAGCUAGAAAGGUUGGAGAAGUCCUUCAGACAACAUUAGGUGUCCUAGGAACUGCAGUCAAUUACCCUGCAGGCAUGCUAAUAGAGGCUGCCAGGCCAGCCUAUUGGAUCCCUGAUAGUGAGAUCACCCACUGCAUUGCCUGCAAGGAGGAGUUCAACCCUAAGCUCAAGAUACACCACUGCAGGGGCUGCGGACAGGGUGUGUGUGCGGAAUGCUCCUCCAACAGAAGACCAGUGCCCUCUAGAGGCUGGGACAUGCCAGUCAGGGUGUGUAGUCUGUGCAAUGCCAAGGAAGGACAACUCUGAAUUGCCAGUUGAUGACGAAUGGGAAAGGCAGUGGUGGUGGGGUUCCACAGUGCUUCUGUAUCACACAGCCUUGAUCCUCUCCUUACCAAGUGCGGUAGGGGCGACAUGGUGUUUUGACCGUUUACUUAGAAUCAACUCAUCAAAGACAUAGUAUUGGUUAUAUCAUUCAGUAUUCAUGGCAAGGAGUUUGGAAGGUGGAGAGGAUGGGUCACUACAUAAGUGUCCCCAGGAUAGGCACUUAUGGAACACUAAAAACUAUGUGGCAUUUUUUAGAGUAUCUAUUAAUACACAUGAUGCAUGUGUAACACAAUUGUGGGAUGCUCCUCAUUCAUCUCAUUUGGGUUAGAAAAUGUUGGUCAUUAUCACUUGGUAGUGUUUAAAUGAAGUUAACUAGACUGCUUGGUGUGAAAUCAGUUUGCUCGCUAGUUCAUCACAAUUAUAACAAGUGAUGUAGCCAACGCAUGAUAUCUAUCAACUCCAGUGGAAGGCUUACAGGAGUCAGGAUCAUAAACUUGUUCAGAUAUUGUUUUGUUCUCAACAUGUACAACUAUAUAUGUACAUUUCAGCACUUGUCUUCAAUAUUCAAGUGUCAGGCAGUUUAAAAGGCUAUCAAUGGCAAUGCAACAUUGAAAAGGGGACAUGUGAAUACAAAAUUCAGCUUUUCAAAAUAAUAAAAACAUUUCCUUGUUCCGAUGACAACAAUUCAAUUCUCAUUUAUGUGCAAUAUGCUGUAGAUAUAAUGGACGAUUGGACAUGUCUAAAUUAAAGAUGAACACUCAUUUACAAAUCUUGCCAUUAAUUUGUGUACAGUGAAAGUUGUUAUACACUCUAUCCCAAUGGUAUGGAUAGUUGGAUGCUGUAGAGAGAAUUUGAAAUCUUUGCUAAGAAUCAGUGAUCUGUAUCAAUCUUAACAAAUGUUCAACACAACUGUAAAGUCACAUUAUACUUUUUGUACAUAACACAAUGUUUGGCAUUUCAUCGAGAUAAUUAUGCGUUGAUGUGGGUUUCACGUCCAAUAUUCCGAUACCCGUAUUUGAUGACACUUUGCAAGUGAACGUAAAUAUUAUGCAUCAUAUAUAUGCGCUAUAUAAAUAUCCAUAUUAUUAUUAUUAUUAUUAUCAUAUAUAAUGUAUAUGAUAUAUAGACAUGUUAUGACUGCACACAUAGCCUACCUGUGUUUGAGCGUUAGUGGAACAUGUGGUCUCAAAACUUUGGGGUGUUGGAACAUUAGGGCUGCGUGAGCAUACAUGUACAUUUAAGGGUGUAACGUCACCCCCUGAAAAUACAUAGCUAAAUACAUAUAUAUGCAAACAAAAUUAUCUUGUAAACCAUAUAUUUUCAAUACUGCAUAAGGUAUUUUGCUGUAAUUGUACAUACUAAAAUGCUGUUUAUUUCUCACAUACAUCUCACUUACAGUAAGUCAGUUUAUGUAUGUCACAUUAUUUGCAUACACUAGUGCAAAUAUCAAAGAAAUAUGAAGAUAUUUGAUGGCAAAACAACAUACAUUGGCACCAUGACUAGCAGACAAUUCAUUUCUAUAUAUGGUUCGUAGGCCCUUUUUUUCAUGGUUUUAUAUAAAAUAUUAGCAUUCCUUUUUGUUCACUAUUUUACUUCAAGUUCAAGAUUAGUCGAGUUUGUAUCUUCCUUAUUUUCCAUUGUAAAUUAUCAUUUAAUGAAUUAUAAUGUAUACAUUAUUUCCCAUUUUGGGCAUUGUAAUUGUAUUAAUAUUUUUUGACAUUUCCGAAAUGCUAUCUGUCCUACCCCUGAUAAUGAAAUAUAGAUCGAUGUUAUGCAAUGUUAAUGAAGUGUACAAAUAUAUUGUAUUAAACAAUUUUUUACAGAUGCGAUUUGUCCUUUCCCACUUAAACAAAAAUAGAUGUUUAAUCGGCAAUAGCACCAUUAUAAUUAAGUGACAUGAUGGAAUUUCUCAUUUUCAAAUCAUAUUUGACCUAAUCCAUGAAGGAGUUGUUAUCAACUUUUGUAGCCCCAUACCUAUAAAGUAAAUUCUAUUUGGAGAGUCAAGGUAACGAGAGUAGAAUGCCCCACAAGUUUACAAUAUUAUUCCAACUGUGGUUUGUGAAUCAUAUUAAAAGCCUAUUGAAUGAAUUUCUAUUGUGAUUGCAAUACUUUUUAAUGGCUUUAUUAUGGUAUUGUUUACAGAGGCAAACAUUAAAAUAACAAUCACAGACAGUUAAGCUCCUUUUUUUUUUUUAAGGGGGGGGGGGGGUGUACACGAAAAUCGCUGUACUAAAUGUUUAGUUGUUACUUCAGAUGCAUUUGGGUUCAUAACAGUGAGAUGAGCUCUUUAAACACCAGUAUUUAUCAGUGGACUCCACACACGUAAUAGCAAAAACAUAUGCCCACAUGAACAAAUCACACCAGUACUAAUUUCUAAUUUUCUUGCAAAAAUACUUUUAUUGCAAAUUCUUGUUUAUUUGGCAGUGUACAUGUGUAAAAUCAUCAGCUAAACAAAUGUAGUUCCAUAUAUAUAACAUUGAUGUAUAUAUCUUUGAUAAUGACAUAAUGGAUUGCUGAGAUCUAAUUAUAUUAUUACUAAAUGUCUGCUCUGUAUGGCAUCUAGAGAGAUUAAAAAGAGCCCUAAUAUCGCUA